UGAGAUACUAUUAACAUACUCAUCUAGCUCACACAGACACACACUGACAUACAAACACCACUCGCAUUCAAUCUAAUUCCUGCACACAGAGGAAGGAAGAGAGCGGAGAGGAAAAGACAGGGAUGCUCUUAGCAGGUGCCAAAAACUGAGUUGAGAGAGAGAGAGAGCGAGACAGUGGCAUGGAGGACUAAAGCAUUCAGUCAGGUUUUAAAAGCUCCUCGAACUAUUAUUGGUGAAAUUUGUUUUGUGUGUUUUUAUUUCCAUGCUUCUCUCUCCUUUAUCUGUGUUUGAGUGUGUUCAUCUGAAUCUAGACAUACCGACUCACAUUAGCGGUGCAUUUGGGGCCAUUAUCAAUUGCACCAUGCUGUGCUCCUCUGUAUUUGUGGUGCUUCUAGUCCUUCUGGCCAAUCCGGUGCCAGGCCACACCCGGACCCUUCACACCCCUGACAAAGCCAUGCAGGUCAUCGAGCAGUUCCUUGAGCGCUACAAUGACCUUUUGACCCUUGAUGAUCUUGAGAACCUCACGAGUGACCAGUCAGAAGAGCCCAUGCAGACCUUCAGCUCUGGGCUAAAGGUGGCAGAAUACCCUAAGUGGAUUGACACACCUGUGCAGAGCGAGAAUGCCUGGCUCCGCGUCUUGAAGGGGGCUUUGGCCAAUCAGAAGCGAGCUCCACCGGACCGGUUGCGGAGGGGUUGGAACCGAGGCUGUUUUGGCCUGAAACUGGACCGGAUCGGCUCUAUGAGUGGCCUCGGCUGCUAAUAAUGAACUGAGAGACGGACCGAGAUGAUGAGAUGACUGUUGUCCCGUUUAGCUUUAGGUAGAAGUCAUUACCAAAUUCUGGUCAGGUUUUGGACCCUGUGAAAAAAGUUAGGUGGACAAAUUCAUUAUAUUGUGCAUUUCAAUAUACUUAUUUUUACAUUGGAUUUGAAGUGACAUGUUGUUUAACUGUAUUUGUAUAUUUAUUUCUUAAUGAAGGUAGCAAGAAUUAAGUGUUUACUUUGUCCCUUGAGAUGUAGAUGAGAUACAAUCAUUUUGAUAAUCUGCUAGUAGUUUACUAGUAAGUAAAGAUCU